CCCCGCGCUGCCCUCCCUCCACGGGCCCAGCGGGCGGGGCGCGAAGUCCCGCCCGGGGCAGACGGGGCGGAGGUGGGCGAGCGGCCCGGGAGCGGGAGGGGACGGCGAGCGCGGGGCGCCCCGCCCAGCCCCGGGCUCUGUCCCUGCUCGCUUCCGGCCCGGGGCGCUGCGGACCUGAGGGCGACCUGUGCGCCAGCCCGGCGUCCUCGGGUCACCCUGGUAAGCGUCGCCACGUUCUUCCUUCACCCCAGCCCGGAGUUCCUGGUCGUUCGCUGGCGCCCCCGGGGCCCAGCGACGGUGGAUGGCAGAAGCCCAGAGCGGGACUGGCCAGCUGCAGGAGCAGAAGAAAGGGCUCCUGAUCGCCGUGAGCGCGUCGGUGGAUAAGAUCAUCUCGCACUUCGGGGCCGCCCGCAACUUGGUUCAGAAGGUGAGGGUGCCUGUGGGGAGGCCCUGGGGCCACACGACCCGUAGCGGGGAGGCGGCCGCAGACACCUGGGACGUGUCCGUUGUGCCGCCCCAGGCCCAGCUGGGGGACAGCCGGCUGAGCCCAGAUGUGGGGCACCUGGUGCUGACCACCCUGUGUCCGGCCCUGCACGCGCUGGUGGCCGACGGGCUGAAGCCCUUCCGGAAGGACCUCAUCACCGGGCAGCGCAGGAGCAGCCCCUGGAGCGUGGUGGAGGCGUCGGUGAAGCCAGGCUCCAGAAGCCGUGCGCUGGGGACCCUGUACGGCCAGGUCAGCCGCCUGGGCCCACUAAGCAGCAGCCGCAGCCGCUUCCACGCCUUCAUCCUGGGCCUCCUUAACACUAAGCAGUUGGAGCUGUGGUUCUCCAGCCUGCAGGAAGAUGCAGGCCUGCUGUCCUUGCUGUACCUGCCCACCGGAUUCUUGUCCUUGGCGCGGGGUGGCUGCCCCGCCCUGUCCACGGAGCUGCUGCUCCUGCUGCAGCCGCUGUCGGUGCUCACCUUCCACCUGGACCUGCUCUUUGAGCACCACCACCACCUGCCCCUGGGCCCGCCCCCGGCCGCGGCUGCCCCGGGCUCACCACCCGCCCUGCAGCAGACGGUGCACGCCGUGCUGCACUGGGGGGGGCGGUUGGCCCAGAGCCUUCGGGGGGCUUCCAGGGAGACGCCUCCCGGGCCUUCGGCUCCUGCCAGCGCCCCCACACCAGGCAGCUGGUGGGAGCAGCUGACCCAGGCCUCCCGGGUCUACGCCUCUGGGGGCACCGAGGGCUUCCCGCUUCCCCGGUGGAGGUCUUGGCGUCCCGGGACGGUGGCUGGAGGCCCGCAGGAGAGGCCCGUGCCCGCAGAGGACACGGCACCGGGCCGAGGCAUGUGGCUGGGGAGGCUGUUUGGAGUGCCAGGGGGCCUCACGGAAACGGACGGAGGAACCGUGAAGUCCAGGAGACCGUCCAGCUGGCUGCCCCCGACAGUGAGCGUGUUGGCUCUGGUGAAGCGGGGGGCCCCUUCCGAGCCUCUCUCGCCUCCUGAGGAGCUUGAGGCCUCCACGGCGGGCGUGGUGCAGACCCACAGGGCCGUCCGUGCGCUCUGUGACCACACCGCGGCAGGACCAGAUCAGCUCAGCUUCCGGCGCGGGGAGGUGCUGCGAGUCGUCGCCACUGUGGACGAGGACUGGCUCCGCUGUGGGCAGGAUGGCGCAGAGGGGCUGGUGCCCGUGGGGUACACAUCUCUCGUCCUCUAGCCCAAGCACCUGUCGUGUUGCCUCUCCCUCCGGCGCCCUGGGCAUGGAACGGCCCCAGGGCCAUGGACCUGUGCACACCGAUCGCAGCAGAAGCGUCUGCCCUGUCUGCAAAAUGACUCUUCCCCCACGUCCGUCGCUGCAGAUGGGAAACCAACUUUUCCUUUUUCCCUCUCGUGCCAUCUGUAAGGUGAAACCUGCUCUUCUUCAAAAUGUGUAAAGGAGUUUUCCCCCAUCUCUCUCUUCUUUCCCACCUGCACAAGGAAAUGUUUCCCUUCCCAUCUGCACAAUGGAAAUCGCGCCCCUCUGCCUCCUUCCUCUGUGAGUGGACUGUGCCAGUACCCCGUGCGCCUCCGUUUCCGAGACUGGAAGGGCCUCGCGUGUCCUUCCUGCGAAUGGACACCCCCCCCCCACCCUGCGUGCCACCCAUGUUGCCUGUAUUUAUUACGUACUCACGCUGUGCCAGGUGCUGAAGUCCGGACCCCCUGGGGAGUGGGUCUGUGGUGUCGGUCUGCUUGUCCCCUCCUUUGUCCCAAUAAAGUGUGGGAGCAGAA